GGGUGUCUUAUCCUUAAAUCUACAUGAACGGACAAAAAAAAAUUGUCUUCACCUGAAUAGAAAGCCCUGUCAUUAUAGCAACAACUACAAUAACUACAGCAACAAUUACAACAACACUAACAACAACAAUCAAGAUGAUGCCAACACCAACACCAACACCAACACCAACACCAUCACCAUCACCAUCACCAUCACCAGCAGCAGCAGCAGCAGCAGCAGCAGCAGCAGAAGAAGAAGCAGCAGAAGCAGAAGCAGCAGCAGCAGCAGCAGCAGCAGCACCACCACCACCACCACCACCAGCAACAACAACAACAACAACAACAACAACAACAACAACAACAACAACAACACCAACACUGCCGACGAUGAUGAUGAGAACGACAAUGACAACAAAACCAACGACAACGAUGACAACGAUACUGACAACAACAAAGAUGGCGAUGACACCAACGAUGAUGAUGAGCAACAACAAUGACGAUAACAAUAACAAUGACAAGGACAACAAUAACAGUUACAGUGACAACAACGAUGACCAUGACAACUACAAUGAUGAUGAUGAUGAUGAUGAUGAUGGCAAUGAUGAUGAUGAUGAUGAUGAUGAUGACUACAACAAUGACAGCGACAACAACAAUGACAGUGAUGAUGAUGAUGAUGAUGAUGACGACGACGAUGACGAUGACCGCAUCACACUUGAAACUUCUUGCCCCUUGUUAGGGGGGUGGGCAAAGACUCUCAAAGUUUUUGACCUGGAGAUAAGGGAGGCAAGAAUGUCGUUCAGGGAUCAUCACCUCAACAAAGGCCAAUGGGGAAGACACAGACAGAGAAGAAAUGGACGCAGUAGGACAGGAGGAGAGGGGCGUGACGAGUACAGUGAUGACAAUGAGGCAACAAUGGAGGGGGAGGGGGAGGAAGGAGAUGGUGAAGAUAAAGAGGAGGAGGAUGGUAACGAGUAUGAUGAUGAUGAUGAUGAUGAGGAGGAGGAGGAGGAGGAGGAGGAUGACAAUGAGGAUGACGAUGAGGAUGAGGAUGAGGAUGAUGAUGAUGAUGAUGAUGAUGAUGAUGAUGUGGCAUUAGAGGACAACGAGGAGGAGGAGGACGGGGGGGAACAAAAAGGAUAAGGUUGAGCAGAGGACAAGCAAGAAGGAGGAGGAAGAGGAGCAAGAGGGAGGAACGAGGAUGAGACUGAAGAGAAGGACAAGGGGAGGAAGAGGAAGGAGCAGGAGCAAGAGGAGCCAUGAGGACAAGCAGAAGAAGAAGAAGAAGAAGAAGAAGAAGCAGAAGAAGAAGCAGCAGAAGAAGCAGCAGAAGAAGCAGAAGAAGAAGCAGAAGAAGAAGCAGCAGAAGAAGAAGCAGAAGAAGAAGCAGAAGAAGAAGAAGCAGAAGAAGAAGAAGAAGAAGAAUGUCAAUUUGGUAGGCUUGGCAACAGAUCGUCAAACCACAAGCUACAAGGCAAGCAAGUGUGUCUUGACAAAAUCCUCAAAAGAUGGAAAAUGAAGGGCCAUCAACAUC